UCCAGUUACUGACUGACCUGAAACAGCAACGCAAAGAGAGUGGAAAAAACAAGCAGAGCUCUGGCCAGCAGAACCUGAACACAAUCAUGUAUGAAACCCUGAAGUACAUCUCAAAAACACCCUGUAGGUACCAGAGUCCAGAGACUGUGAGGGAUUUCCUUGUAGCAAUGAAAGGCCAUAAGCUAACCAAAGCAGAAAAGCUCCAGUUGCUUAACCACAGGCCUGUGACAGCAGUUGAAAUACAGCUGAUGGUAGAAGAAAGCGAGGAAAGGCUAACAGAAGAGCAGAUUGAGUCACUUAUCCAGACAGUCACCAGCAUCCUGCCAGGAGAUCCUGAAGAACAACAGAGAGACUCUGCAAUGACCUUAAUUUAUUUCGGAUUGGGUUUCCCAUGGCACGUGAACUAG